UUAGCUGAAAUAACUGUUGCUGCGUCCUGUGACCGACUCGCUGAUGGAUCCUGUAGUCAUUGAGAAAGAUACUGUUUUAAGACUACUCCAGCAUCUCAAACCUGAUAAGUCCAGUGGUCCUGACGAUAUUCAUCCUAUGAUUAUGAAAGCCAUAUCAGAUGAAAUUGCUGAACCAUUAGCGAUACUAUUCGACAUGUCUCUGAGACAGUCCAAACUGCCUAGAGACUGGAAAGACGCCAUAAUAAGUCCGGUGUACAAGGCUGGGAGUCGGGAUUUAGUUAGUAACUAUAGACCCGUUAGCUUAACUAGUGCAGUUGUAAAACUGAUUGAGAAAAUCAUUCGGAUAGCUGUUAUACACUAUGCUGAAGGGCAAAAUCUUUUCUCUAGGGCACAACAUGGUUUUCGGAAAGGCCUAUCUUGCUUCACAAAUCUUCUCAUUGCACGAGAAGAUUGGGCUGCAGCAAAGGAUCGGAAUGCUCUUGUGGAUGUGAUUUUCAUAGAUCUAAGUAAAGCCUUUGAUAAGGUUUCCCUUUCUGGUCUUAAAUUCAAACUGGAACGUUUUGGAAUCCAUUAUACAGUCGUAGAUUGGAUAAGUAACUUUCUCCAUGACGGGAGACAAAGAGUAAGGGUUAAUGGGACUCUCUCCUCGUAGGUACCUGUAAAAAGUGGGGUUCCACAAGGUACAAUCCUAGGUCCUCUUCUCUUUUUACUUUAUGUAAAUGAAUUGCCAACUGUAGCAAAAUCGUCCGUUCUACUCUUCACUGAUGACAUAAACAUUUGGAGACCUAUACAUAGUAUGUCGGAUAGAAUAGUAUUACAGGACGAUCUUAGCUCAUUGGUGGCAUGGUUAGACAGGUGGUCACUAGAAGUAAAUCGUAAUAAGAGUGUAGUGAUGCAGUUAAACAACUCUGAUGAAUCGUAUGACUAUACACUACGUGGAUUCGUGCUACCCAAAGCAAGAAACUAUAGAGAUUUAGGAGUUAUAUUAAGCAAUGGUCUCAAAACGACUAGUCACUGUAAGACUGCUGCUGCGAAAAGCUAUAGGGUAUUAUGGUCAAUUCGUAGGUCUUUCUAGUAUUUAGAUGAUGAAAUGUUUAGAUUACUAUACCCGAUUUAUGUGCGACCACAUUUAGAAUACGGGAUUCAAGCAGCGUAUCCUUGUUUCAAAUAUGAAGCAGAUAUGCUAGAAAGAGUCCAACGACGAGCUACUAAGAUGGUACAAGGUCUAUCUGGCCUAUCUUAUGAAGACAGACUGAGACACCUUAACUUAUUUCCGUUAUCUUACCGUCGAAUAAGGGGUGAUCUAAUAUUGGCCUAUCGUAUACUGAACGAUGACCUUGGUAUUAACAUGUCUUAUCUUUUGCUCCCGUCUAGAACCGAUCAUUUGAGAGGACAUUC